UAGGUCGAUCUAUCGAACGGGUCGAUAAGCCAGGGCUGACAAAUCUGUAAACAGUGGACGCCUACAAUUGUUUUUAUUUAACAACGAAAAAUUAAAUAAGAGUUGGAAACGUUAAUUUAAAUCUUUUAUAUUAUCCAAUUCAACAUGCCGGCCUACCACUCGCAGAUCAAGGAGGUGCGCCAGCAGGUGGGCAACAUGGCCAUCCUGCCGCUGAGGACCCAGGUGCGCGGACCAGCGCCCAGUGCGAAUAUUGAGAGCGACAUCAUCGAUGAGUCACUUUACUUCUUCAAAGCCAAUGUGUUCUUUCGCACGUACGAAAUCAAGUCCGACGUGGACCGCGUGCUCAUCUAUGUGACGCUCUACAUAACAGAGUGCCUCAAGAAGCUUAAUCGUUCCACGAGCAAGGCCCAAGGACAGCAGGAUAUGUACAGCCUGGCCAUCUCCAAGUUCGACAUUCCCGGCGAUGCAGGCUUUCCAUUGAACGCCGUUUAUGCGAAGCCGCAAACGGCCCAGGAUGCCGAUCUAAUGCGCCAGUACCUUCUGCAGCUGCGCCACGAAACCGGCAACCGGGUACUGGAGAAGGUCUUCAACACCGAGGAUGGCAAGCCCAACAAGUGGUGGACCUGCUUCGCCAAAAAGAAGUUCAUGGAGAAGAGUCUGGCUGGACCCGGACAAUAAUCAGCUCGCCACAAUAUCAAGAUCUUGUUUUGCUUCCACGACCGGUGAACAUACUUUAAAAUAGGAUUCACUGCAGCAGCGUGGUCCAAUUUUUAGUGUCACUGCCAGAAUAUUACUAUUAAUUAAUUUCUUUAACCACUAUAAAAUAAAUUAUUUACAUUUGUAGACCUUUCUGUUUUAAAUAAUUUGUGUAAAUUGUUUUUACAAAUCCCAAGUUAGACUGGAAAAAAACUAUAAGCAGCUUUCAAAACAACUGGCCAGCAUGAGGAAAUUAUAAUCUAAAUUUGUGUAAUCAAGAUCGGUAUAGUGAAAUGUUAACUAAGUUUUAUUUAUUGUAUUCGCUUUCUAUUAGCCUGUUUAUUAAAUAAACUUUGAAAUCAGUUGAA